AUGUCAAGCACGACGACGACGACUACUCCAGUUAUAACGGCGGAGAAUGUCACUACUCUCUUUCCAGAUGUGAACCCAAGUCUUGCGCAUGCUUUUUCCAGAACACAGCGUGACCCCUCUGCCGGUGAGAGCGGCGAUCUUGAGGGCUACGACGUGGAGCAGAUCCGUCUGAUGGAUGAAGUCUGCAUUGUGCUAGAUGAGAAUGACCAGCCCAUUGGAAGCGCUAGCAAGAAGACAUGCCACUUGAAUAGCAAUAUUGAUCGUGGGCUCCUUCACCGCGCCUUCUCCGUCUUUCUCUUUGACUCCAAUAAAAGAUUGUUGCUCCAGCAGCGUGCUUCCGAAAAAAUCACGUUUCCUGAUAUGUGGACCAAUACCUGUUGCUCUCACCCGCUUAGCAUCCCCGGUGAAACCGGAGUAAAGUUUGAGGCUGCAGUGCAGGGUGUUAAAAGAGCUGCUCAGAGAAAACUUAACCACGAGCUCGGAAUCAAGGCUGAGCAAGUUCCACUGGAGAAGUUCGAAUUUUUAACUAGGAUUCACUACCUGGCCCCCAGUGAUGGCAAGUGGGGAGAGCAUGAAAUCGACUACAUUCUCUUCAUCCAGGCCGACGUUGAUCUGGACGUGAGACCCAACGAAGUGCGCGAUACGAGAUACGUUACGGCAGAGGAACUCAAACAGAUGUUCCAGGAGCCCGAAUUGAAGUUCACCCCGUGGUUCAAGCUCAUCUGCAACUCUCUGCUAUUCGACUGGUGGGAGAAGUUCGGCACCAAGGAGUUCGAGCAGCACAAGGGAGACACCACGCUCCAUCGUAUGCUUUAA